AUGUCGAAUUUGUACGGUGAUUACAACCUGAAGAUCGAUUACGUUUUCAAGGUUGUAUUGAUUGGUGAUUCCGCAGUUGGAAAAACUCAACUACUCGCUAGAUUCGCAAGAAAUGAGUUUAGCGUUGAUUCUAAGGCUACGAUUGGGGUGGAGUUUCAAACCAAAACUUUGAUUAUUGAUAAUAAAACUAUUAAGGCUCAGAUAUGGGAUACUGCAGGGCAAGAAAGGUACAGGGCAGUUACUAGUGCAUACUAUCGAGGCGCAGUUGGGGCAAUGAUAGUAUACGACAUGACAAAGCGUCAAUCAUUCGAUCACUUGGCGAGAUGGUUGGAAGAAUUAAGAGGUCACGCAGACAAAAACAUUGUGAUCAUGCUAAUCGGCAACAAAUGCGAUCUGUCUAGUCUUAGAGCAGUUCCAACAGAAGACGCGGAGGAGUUUGCACAAAGAGAGAAUCUCUUCUUUAUGGAGACCUCGGCACUUGAAUCGACCAACGUUGAAACUUGUUUUUUAACUAUAUUAACCGAGAUAUACAGAAUCAAUGCAAAGAAAACACUCAGUUCCAAUGGUGAUGUGGAACAAAAUACCGCAGGACUUAUGAAGGGAAGUAGAAUAAUUGUUCCUGGUAAUGAAAUGAAUCCAAAAAAGGGUUGUUGUUUUGCAACUUAG